AUGAAGAAGACGAGCAGAGGCCGUCGAAGGAUCGCGAUGGAGGCGAUCGAGAAUGCGGCUGCGCGGCAGGUGUGCUUCUCCAAGCGCCGCGCCGGCGUGUUCAAGAAGGCGGCCGAGCUCUCCGUCCUCUGCGGCGCCGAGAUCGCCGUCCUCGCCUUCUCCCCCAGCGGCAAGCCCUUCUUCUUCGGCCACCCCUCCGUCGACUCCGUGCUCGCCCACUUCUUCUCCGCCUGGCCUGCUCCCCCUAGGCCGCACCACCCCCUCGCUGGGGCCCCGGUUCAGGCGCUCGGCCGGGAGGAAUCGCAGCUCGCGGAGCUGCUCGAGGAGGAGAGGAGGAGGAAGUGA